GUGCUGUCCACACCUGCCUGCUGUGGAAUGCCAGGUGCCGGGGGCAAGAACGGGUCUGGGCAGGGCUCGGGGCGGGGGCAGCCAGAGAGGGGCCCAGACGCCCGGAGAGAGCCAGAAGGAGACACCGGAGAGGGGCAGAGAGCCAGAACCCCAGACGGAGGGGGAGCGGCAGGACCCAGACGGAGGGGGACAGGGAUCGCCCCAGCGGCAGCCCCAGCCCCAUGGCCAGCGACCCACCGGCCGAGCUCCACUGCCCCAUCUGCCUGGAGCUCUUCGCGGUGCCCGUCAUGCUGGAGUGCGGGCACAACUACUGCCAGGGCUGCAUCACCCACUACUGGGGGGGAGCCCCCGGCCCAGCCCGGGGACGCCAUCCCCUGCCGCUGCCCGGAGUGCCGGUGCCCCGCGCCCGGGGGCAAGUACGUGCCCAACCGCGCCCUGGGCCAGCUGGCAGACAGGGCCCGGGAGAGCGCCCCCGCAUGGGAGGGGCCUUCGCCCGACGAGGAGCUGCUGGGAGAGCCGCUGUUCUGCAUGGACCACGGCAGCCUCACGCGGGCGCUGGACACUGAGCACUGGGGGCAUCGUUGUCUCCCGCUGGCCGAAAGCGUGCAGCAAUAUAAGGAGAUUUUAACCAUGUCCCAGACGUCGCUGGAGGCCAGGAUCCAAGCAGCGAAGUCUCUGCAGGAGCAGAGAGCUCAGAAAGUGCCUGAAAUUGCAGACAUCAAAAGCUUCCUGGAAAAGCAUUGCCCCGGGGAGGAAAAAGGGGCACCACUGCCUGCACCCCGAGAUUUCAGCCUGGGCCAGUUCAAGGGGCCCAUCCAGUACGUGGUGUGGAGGGAAAUGAAAUCGGCCCUGAGCCUCGCUCUGCCCCUCGUCACCCUGGACCCGGCCACCAACCACCCCAACCUGCUGCUGUCUCCCGACCGGCUCGCCGUCCGGCUGGUGGACGAGCCCCAGGAGGAGGCGCCCGAGGGGCCCGAACGUUUCAGCAAGAGCGUGUGCGUGUUGGGCUCGGCCGGCUUCACCUCGGGCCGCCACUACUGGGAGGUGGAGGUGGGGGACAAAACCAGUUGGGAUAUCGGCCUGGCUCGGGCCUCGGUCAACCGGCAGGAGGCCAAGGUGAUGCUCAAGCCGGCCAACGGCUACUGGGCCGUCUGGCUCCGCCACGGAGCUGACUACAAGGCCCUGGACUCCCCCUCCCGGCACCUGGCGCUCCAGGCCAAGCCCCGGCGGGUCGGGGUGUAUCUGGACUACGAGGGGGGGCAGGUGUCGUUCUACGACGCGGCCGCCAUGACCCACCUCUACACCUUCUCCGACGCCUUCGCCGAGCCCCUCUACCCCAUGCUCGGCCCCGGGGUCAACAGGGACGGGCUCAACGCAGAGCCCCUGCGGCUGGUGGAGCUAUAGCUGAGGGGGGGGACCUGGGACGGGGCACCGAUGCCCCAGUGUGGCGCUGGGGGGUGCCGUGC